CCGUGAUCCUCUAAAAAUAAAAGAAGAUAAUCUGUACUUUGAAGAAGAUAUACAAAAACACGUUCGGGACUUAACCUCAACUUUUUACUGUAUACCUGUACAUUAUAUAUAUUACGAGUUUACGAUAUUUAAUUAAUUUAUACUUACUUUUUACUUAACAUCCCUCACAAUGACGGAAGAGUCGAACCUAAGCAGUAAAAACGGGAGCGUUGAUAACGACGCGGAUUCCUUUUCGACUGAUGACGACAAGCAGAUGAACAGCGAAGCCGAAUACGAAUCGUCAACCAACGUUUUAUCAAAAUCGAUAGACGACGACAAAAGGGAACGAAAAGUGAUAGAACCUCAGGGAAAUUGCUACUGCGGAAAGGAUAGAAACUUGAACAUAGUUGAAUUACUGUGUGCAAAUUGUACCCGAUGGUUUCACGAGUCUUGUAUCGGGUACCAGUUGGGAAAGUUAGUAUCCUUUCUAUCGAAUUAUGUCUUCCUUUGUAAAAAUUGUUCACCCACGGGGCUGGAAACGUUCCGGAAGAGCCAAGCGCAAAUUACGCAAAUGAUAGUAACGACCAUUGCCAACCUGCAGCAAAGCAGCGUGAAAGAAGGGUCUAACCGUUUAAUGUUCAACAAAGAGAAGGAGAUAAUACCAUAUAUUGAAUACCAUUGGGAAGCCCUUACUACCACCUCUAGAAGAGUGACGCAGUCGUGGCAUAUAACCGUCACUAAGGCAUUAAUUAAAGACAUCCAUAUACUUUUUGUUUUCGAAGAAGGUCCAGAUGGUCAAAUGUACGGACUUAUUAAUACUGACCUGACCCAAUUAAAACCCAAUUAUGAUGCAAUGAUCAAGGGCGGGACCUUGAAAGUGACUGAUAUGGGAAUCCAACACGUUCCAGUCGGCGGCGGCGUCAAAUCCAGGAAUACCAAGAGAAAGUUCCCCGGCGAGGUGGGCGGGCAGGGAAAGAAAGGUCGGGGGGCCGAUCUGGGGACGCCGAAAUUGCCCGCUCACGGGUACCCCUUGGAUCACCCGUUCAAUAAGGACGGGUACAGGUAUUUGUUGGCCGAGCCCGACCCGCACGCCCCCUUCAGGCAGGAAUUCGACGAGAGUUCGGACUGGGCGGGAAAACCCAUACCCGGGUGGUUAUAUAGGACGUCCAUACCGAGUACGGUGCUCCUCGCGUUGCACGACCGGGCGCCCCAGUUGAAAAUUUCAGAGGACAGACUCGCAGUGACCGGCGACAAAGGAUAUUCUACGGUGCGGGCCACACAUUGUGUAACGAAAGGGAUUUGGUAUUGGGAAGCCACGAUCGAGGAGAUGCCGGAAGGUUCGGCGACGAGAUUGGGGUGGGGUCAAGAUUACGCGAAUUUACAAGCCCCCUUGGGUUACGAUAAGUUUGGGUACUCUUGGAGGUCGAAAAAGGGGACAAGGUUCCACGAGUCGCACGGUAAACACUACAGCGACGGUGGGUACGGAGAAGGCGACACCGUCGGGUUCCUGAUAGUAUUACCCCGAAAUGGUACUACAAAAAUGGUACCGAACACAUACAAGGACAGGCCAUUGGUGAAAUUCAAAAGUCACUUGUAUUAUGAAGAGAAAGACAACGUACAGGAGAGGUUAAAAUCUCUGAUGACCUUACCUGGGAGCAAGGUAGUUAAUUUUAAGAACGGCGAGUGUCAAGGCGUCGCUUUCGAGGAUAUCUAUCAAGGGUCUUAUUAUCCUGCACUUUCGUUGCACCGAAACGUGACCGUAUCCGUGAAUUUUGGGCCCAAUUUCAAGUAUCCCCCCUCGACUAAAGAAUUUAAUUACAAAGCCAUGGCCGAAAGGGGCGAGGAAGCUAUUUGCGAUCAAACUAUAGCCGACGUCAUUUAUCUGACUGAAAAUGAAGGACGGUUGCGUCUCGAUAGUUUCGUACUCUGACAGUAAAGUACCUUUUUUUUUUUCAAUAUUGUUUUUCUUCCAUUAAAAAAAAGUGUAAAAUGUUUAUAGCUAAGUGAUGUAACUUCGUGCCCACAAAAAAUUUUCAAUUAUCUCUGUAAUGUAAUCAUUAAAGACAAAAUAAGUUAUAAAUGUAAUAAAAAUAUCCUGGGUGUACCUUGGAAUGUAAA